AUGCAACGCGAUUUGCAGGAGGAAGUUGAAAGCCUUGAGUAUACCCUGACUCACUCAGCACCACAAGGAUCACGAAGAGAAAGAUAUUCACUUGAAGAAGAAGGCUGCAGACAUGGACGACUUGGUGAAACAUUUGAGGUGGAAUUCACAAAGCCACAGAGCAGACUGCCUCGGCCAUCCUCGGCCCAUCGGUCUAGGGCUCAUGCCCUCAGGAUUGACUUGGAGCAGGUUGCAAGGGGAAUUGCAGCGAUGUCAGCUCCAGAUGCUUCUCAAAACAGGCCUGCAAGGAAACAUCGGCCCACCGCAGCAGAGCUCUCAGGGCAGAAUCCAUGCUUCGACUUUAUCUGCAUCCUAACGAGGACAUGCCAAGCGGCAUUCGAGCAUUGCGAGAGCAUUGUGCUCAGCUAA